CUUAUCUCACCGUCAAUCAUGUCGCGCACAGGCUUGAAAUCUAUGACCCUUCCGCCUUUGCAAGAUCCAAUUUUUAUGCAUCCUUCCACUGCUUGCCCAUCCAAGGCGUCCCACCACAGUCACAUUUUUCACCUUGUUCCCAUGUAUUCAUAGCGCUUUUUAUGAAUUUCCAUUUGACCCAGACCCGUCGAGGACGAGGACGACAAACUGUAGUUCUAUUGUUUAGUGAACAAAUGAAGUCUUGAGUGUUGAUCAACAUCAACUACCUCAUGCAACAUUGUUGAUUCGAAAUUGAGAACAGCUACAUAUACGUUCUUGCAUGUAAGGCUGAGAUUUUUGUAUAUUCAAACAAAAUGUUGCCUCAACAGACAAGUGGUUCAUCUCAGCGACAAUGCGACAGAGCUCCAGGUGGUGGCCCUCGCCAGGGUCCUCCACCCUCCGCUUUGGGGUUCACGCCGCAAUUAGCAGCUAGGUUUGUGGGUUUGCCGCAACUGUUCAAGCCACACCAUGGACAUGGACAUCAACAUCAUCACGUAGUAGAGGGAGAAGGAGAAGCUUUGCCGUCUGCAAGGACAGCACAAAGUAGCGCGGGAGGAAAGAAGAUGGUACAUAUAACUCGUCUUACUCUAGUAUGUGCAUUUCUUGCUUCCAUACAGUUCUUUGCUUCUAUAGUUUGGUGCAAGAUGAAAAUUUUAAAGUGCUACUUUUUUGAAAUUUAAUAACUUCGAUUCUUGUUUUUUUCAUCCAGUAAUAUAUCAUCACCUCACUCAUCUAUAUGCUCGUGAUGAAUAUCAUGGAAAUGCUGCGGAUGCGCUCGGUCCACUUUGCACUGCUCCAUCAUCUCAAGCUCAACAUUACAGGCUUCUUCUGCUUCCCCCGUAGCCAAAUGGAAACCGGUGGCGAAGGCAGGAGUUGGAACUCCCCGAGCUAGUAUUGACAUGGGUAAGAAGGGAGUUCCUCCAAGUGGUUCUAUGAGCGCUCGUGAAACAGGGACCAAGGGCCCAUCAAAUGCGGGCUCUUCUGGUGCCCCUGGAGCACGGACUGGUGCAAACGCUGUUGUGGGUGUCAAAUUGCUUGCGAAGCUCACUGGAGCUCGUAGUGUGUCGCCAAAAAUGCCAUCGAGUAGUAGGAUGGGUUCGACGACGAAUACAACUACUUCUGAGAGCAGUUGUAGUCCGAGGAAGCCAGCGACGAGCACUUUGAUGGGUACGCCUGCGUCCUCGACCACUACGGCUGCAGUGACGAAGAGAUUGACAGGACGUGCGGCUGCGCCGGGUGGUGACAACAGGGGAGCUUCCGAUAGUAUUCGACGGCCAGUAACGUCUACUAUGUCCACCUCGCCAAGGGCUUUGACCUCCACUACGUCAACGACACCUUCCAAAUUGCCUGCAUCAUUGAAAAAACUUGUAUCUUCAUCGUCAAAACGUGGAGGUUUCGAAACAUCAAGCAGCAAGAAGGAUAGUACCACGUCUUCUAGAUUGACAUCUUCUCCGUCACCAGGAGCAAGAAAAGAAUCAGCAAACCAAAGAUGGUCCUCUGGAGCAGGUAGUAGUAUGGAUAGAAUGUCCGGUGGAAGCGAAGAAGGGCCCUCGUCCCUAACUGUUGAGCCUGCCAAUAAGCGGUCUGUAGACACAUCUUCCAGGUUACCACGUGCACCGUCAUUUAUUGCGUCUUCUGGUUUGUCGACAAAUAGUCCUUUCACGACUCCUAGUGCUGUCAACAAAAGUACGACGAAUAAUGCAGGUGAUUUAGUUACGCCGCCAAUGUCUGCCCGGACUGGACUGUCUGGGAAACUGAAAAUCAGCGCUCUUCCAACUCUCAAGUUGCUCGGUAAUAAGGUGAUACACGACAAGAAAGAGGCUGAAGGACCACAAGGAGCUAGAAGUAGUAAACCUACACGACCAGCAGCAGAAGAAAAGGGAAAGGAAGAGAAGGAUAUUAAAACACUGGUCGUGCCACCAGUCGAAGAUGAACCAAAGAAUGAGGCAGCAGAAGUAGGCGAGGAGGACUCAUUAAUGAAAACGUCUAAUGGACGAGAGGACGAAUCGCCGCCCCCUGGUAAGAGGAACUCAACGACGUCUACGAUAAGCAGCGCUUCGAAGAUAUCAAUCAAGCCUAGUACUUGUACUAAAGGUAGAGGUGGAAAUACUUCUAUUAGUACAACAACUCCGGAUGGAGCGACAGCCAAAGCUCCUUUCAACGCGUCUGGAAAAGCAAUUACGACACCACGCGACACCACACCUAUGAAGAAGGAAAGGAUCAUUCGGAAGUCUCUGUUGCCGCCAACUUCUCCAAGAAAGCCAACUACGGGAUCAGACAGCACGCCUAGGAACAAGGGAACAACUUCUAGCAGUGUCGAAGAUGUUGAGAACCAGCAAGUAGUUGUGCCGUCUCCUGGUGGGGAUGUUGAGCAGGCUCCUAAACAAGCUGACGAGGAACAAGAAGAUGCAGUGGACCCAUUGUCAGCAACUAUGAAGACAGCUGCAUCAACAACAACAUCGCCAGUUCAAACGAGAUUCGUCUCGCCUAGAGGUAAUUUGCAACCAGCAGCUACGAUGGACCUUCGCGACUCCUCGAUCCAGCCUACGGCGUUAGAGAACGGGGAAGUGCCCUACAGCGUUAAACGAGCAGCAGAAAAAGAAAUGAAGCACGCCCAAAACCAACAGCCGGCGAAGGGAGCAGGGCAAACUCCGCCUGUUGCGUCGUGGUUCCACACCAAUGCGAGUGUUCCUAAGGUAGAAUUACAUCCAGACGAAAAAUCGGAGGACAAGAAUCCAGUGGAGGGAGCGUCUCCAGCGGCGUUGACGAUCAAAGGAAGAGAACCUCCCACAACAUCAACAUCUUCCGCUGGUGUUCCUGCAAAUUCUUCCAAGAACCAGAUUCGCUUGGCAAGUCCACCAUCAUCGAAGUUUUCACCGAAGAAAUCUCCUAAAAACUCGCCAAAGAGUUCUCCACGAUCCUACCCAGCUUUUGAGAAGAAGCAGAACCGUCGAGGAAUUCAGGGAAAGCCGGAUAGUAGUACGGGAGCAGAUCAGACGCCUCAUCAAAGUGAAGAUUUAGUAUUCGAGAAGCCGACAAUAAGUAACACGAGACGAGCUAUGCCCCCGAAGGCAGCGAAACAAAUAGAUAAAAAUACUCCUACUGCUAGUAGUGCUACUCCGACCACAGCAGUAAAAGUAGAAGAAGUUCCGCCUGUGAAGCAGGUCGUGCCUAGUAACAAUGACGAAGUCGACGUCGCGUCCGCGCAAGUAGGACGCGUGCGUCCGGGUACCGAGUAUGUUGGUAGUGAGUAUGAUACAAUGCCGAGAAUGUCUAUUGACGCCUGGGGAUCUGGUCUGGGUCCUCCAUCAGCUGAAAGUUGUGGAAGAAGAACAGCAAAUGAGCAACAGGCAGAGGAACGGAUACAGAAGGAUGCGGUGGAGGAGGUGGAGCCGCUGGUUAUAGAAGUAGGAACAAAACCUCGAAAAAAAUCUGAAGAAGAUACACCAUCUACACGACAAGCAGCACAACAACAAGAGCAGCGAGCAGCCAUAAGGAACUUGGCUGAGGAACGUGCCGGUGUAAAGAAAAGCCGAAGUUGUGCACGCAAUACAACAGGUCUAGACCUUGGUGAUGACUAUCCCACGGCUGCAAAACAGAGUGUCGAAGGUUGGGGCAGUGGUCUAGGCUCGUUCGAGGGGGUCACAUCUACUAGUAUUACAACAGGCAGACCGAGCUCGAUGCGGUCACCUCCAUCUACUAGUAUUGGGCCUCCAGUCGCUCGUUCUAGUCGAGCUGUUACUAUUGCCGAAAAUCCUGUCGAAGACGAGGAGCAAGAGGUACAACCACACCACGAACAGGAGUACCAUUCUCCUAAGAACGAGAAGUUAUCGCCGAAGGUCCUCGAGAAUCCGAAUGACAUCAACGCGUUAACCGCUAAUGCUCCUGGAAAUCAAGAUGAACGGAGGGAACCUCAAGAUCAACAUGAGUUUUUUGACUCGAGGGACACACACGAUCCGCAAGAGCCAGGUGCCUUUGUUGGCUCUCUUGUUCCAACAGCUGAGGAGGACAGCCGGCAGAGGAGCGCUAGGACGCCACGUGCGGCACGACCCUCGGCGGACAAUCAGAGUGUCUAUAGUUUCGACCUUGGCAAUCACAAUCCUGACAACUGGCCUUUGUCAUCGCAAGACGAGUACGAAACACAGCCGAACUUAACCGAUACGAAUACGAGUGAUGGAGGAGGUGUGGAGGGAGACCGAGAUCGGGAGCGACGUGAUUGUGGAUCUACUACCUACUCCCAAAACGGUGACUACGGUGGUGUACCACGCUUCACAAACGACUAUGGGUCGGGUCUAGACCCGAAUAACCAUGAGCAGGGAAAGGGAAGUCCUGGCACUAAUAGUAAUAGUGCUCCUGCUCCUGUCACAACAACAUCGCAGCCUUCAAGUUCAACAACCGGUCCUGUCGCUCCAGUCACAACUGCUCCUUCGGCAACGACAAGCACUGAAGCUCCAGUAGUUGCUCCAAUACCUAACGGCCCAGAAGCUGCAACAUUACCUGUAGUCCAGCAGAGUGGAGGUAUUGAGAUGAAGCUAGGAGCUUUUAGGGGCGAACAGCCAUCAGCCUAUCGAGCGGAGCAAGCUUCGACCAUUUCACAAGACUCCGAAUUUGCAUCGAUGCCACGGUUUACGAAUGACUACGGGACUGGUCUGUCGGUGACUGGCACUGAGCAGAGAAGCCCUGCUGUCAGCGGUGGGCGAGCAUCGGCGCAGCCCACGACAGCUACGAGUGCUGCUCCACCUCCUACAAUUACUUCUAGGCCUGCACAGGCUUCGACCAUUUCACAGGACUCCGAAUUUGCAUCGAUGCCGCGUCUCACAAACGACUUUGGCGCGGGUCUUGACGUAAGUCCUGCAGCGCCGCCAGUCGUUGAGAAGAAAGCACGAGGAUCCUCUGCUGUAUCUACAGCGAAGAAGCUCUCCGCUGCAUCUUCCACAGCGUCCAGCGCUGGUCCAGCGAAGGAGCUAGUAGAGGAAACUACAACAUCAAACAAGGCUGCUCCCUCAGUUGUUCCUACAGCAAAGGUUGCCGCUUCGAAAAAGGCGACGACUGGCGCACCUGUGAAGUCUUCAAGUAAAGUUGCUGGCAAACCAGGAGGCAUUAGUACUGCCGCGAAAGCUAAGCCCCCGAGCACGACAGUUGCAAAAACUAGCGUGACUGGGAAGUCGACCACUGCAGCUGCCACAUCCAAGUCGGCAGUCAAAGCAGCCAAGGCAAAAGGCGUUGUUAAAACACCGCCUUCUUCUACGUCCAGCAACGCUCCUCUAGCUGCCACGCCAUCUCCAGCGGCAGAAGCAGAACCAAAAGCAGAUCCAAAAGCAGUCGGCACUACAGACACUUCCACAACUCCUGCUCUUGUGGCGUCCUCGAAUCCGGAUUCUCCACGAGCACCAGUCUUCCCGAGAAUUGCGCAGCCUCCACCUGCCGCUCCUCCUGCCGCAGCUCCAGAGCAGAGGGCCAACACGAGCACUGUAGUAAAGAAAGUAAGCAUCGUAGCUCCUACUUCCUCGUCCUCUUCUGAUGUGCAAACUCCGAGGACUCCUCGCAGCACUAGCCAGCAGCAAAGUGGUUACUAUCUCGAACCGGAAGUAUCAGCGGAGGAUGCUUCCAAUGCCCUUUUUCAGAAAGAGAGAGCUGCUUCGUCUACCCGUGACACGACAAUGAGCAAACUAGCCUUCAUCCCAGAAGACGAAGAUGAGUCCGAUCAUGCGUAUAACAGGAAUGAAGAUCAAAGCGCAAGAAGUAGUGUUCCUGGAGUGACUAGAAACAAGAAAAAUUCAGCCGUUGAACAAGAUGAAGUGGCUAGAUUAUCAGCAAGUCAUCAGGAACCGAUUUCGGGAAAUAGUGAGCAGUCCUCUGUAAUGUCUGGCCUGCCAACUUCUACGACUGGUCUUGCGCUUGAAGAUGAUCAUCAUUUUACGGAUGCUGUAGAGUCGCAUCCAGCACAGGGAGCUUUAUUUGUGCCAACACCACCGGCACCUGCAACUGGUCCAAGAACACCUGUGCAGCAGCAAAAACUGGCUUCUCCUUCUGUGGAGAAAGUAGGAGUUAGUGCACGACCUACUUCACAGACGACACCGAGGGUUAUGGGAUUCGAAAGAGUUGUAAGCCCGCCUAGUACUGCUACUGCGGGCAAGGAAGAUGAUCAGCAUGUCUUUCAUAGUCCGCGCAAUGCUGAGCGCGCGACUGAGAUGCUCCAAGAAGAUGGCUACUCAGUGGAGCCGCGAUUUACGCUUGACUAUGGUGCGGGUAUUGAUGGCACUCAAGGUGGCGCUGGUGUACGCUAUACGAAAACGGUCAGAGGAUCAUCUCCUUUCGCAACUUUUGAAGACGAACGAACCUCUUCAACGUCAAGAGUUGUUGCAGCUCCAGAAGCGCCAGCUCCACCACCACCUCCUCCCGCAAAAACUAGAACCUCUAGUAGCUCUGCGACGUCUACUGCAGCUCCUGUUAAGAACAAGAAAGCUUCGAAGCCGGCCCGCUCGUCAGGUGCACAGCCGAAGAAAAAGGGUGCUGGCGCUACGACUGUGCGUGAAAUGCUUGCUAGCCCUUCGCGCCAUGCCUCUGUAAAAGCUGCAGAGAAUAUGCGUCCAUCCGAAGCUCGUGCUGUCGUACUCGGAGAGCAACGUUCUGCACCACCACCCGAACCUGCGAAAAAGUCUGUCACACUGGCACCAGAAGUAGCAACACUGGAGCAACAAGAGAAAAGCACACCUUCCGCAGCUGACAAGAAGCGUCAAAGUAUGAGACAAAUGGACAGUCGAGUGAGUGGAAGUUUUAUGGAGAAGAUGGAGAAAAAAAUGGGCACACAAGAAUUCCAAGACUUCAAAGCUGCUUCUGAAGCUCCCGUCGUGGGUCCAUCUUCGCCGGAAUGGAAAUCCAAGAGCAUUGUUGGCCAAACUCCAGCAAAAGUAGACGCAAAAGCGACUUCUAGCACGACCUUGCUUCCUGGACGUCAAACGACGCAGAAAAGUCUCGCAGCUGGUAAAGCCAGUCCAAAGCAACAGCCUCAACCUUCUACAACUCCGAAGCAACAACCUGCUUCUACUAGUCAACCGGCGCGUGACCAUGAGCAAGUGACCUUCUAUGAGGGUGAGCCUGAGAUGCGAGUAGACGGAACAGAUUCUGGACGUUACACAACUUCUCGUGAGACUGCUGCUCCACGUGGCAGUAGCAUGCUCUCGCAGAUCGAUAUGAAUACAAAGCUGAAUGUUCAAGUGAACAGGGUGGAAGACCUGCUAACACGACUGGGCGAUGUCCUCGAGAAGCAUGAACAAGAGCAGGACAAAAGCAAGACAACCACGAAGAGCUCGUCGGCAGGCGAAGACCGUGACGGCAAGCCUCGUGACCAUCAAGCGUCCGUAUCCAGUUUAUCUGGUUCGCGGUCUGGUAAUGGUAAAGGCAACAGAGUACACCGUGCAGCUGAAGAGUUGCUAACAUCUGAAGACACAAGCGGUUCGGACUCGCCAAACAAGUUUUCUUUUCGAGAACCAGAGCCUUUUGACCUCGAAGCAUUCAAGAAAGAGCAAGAGAACAAGAACAAGAUGAAGCAAGAACCUGUUUUGCAGGAUGGGCGUGAAGUUUUUCAACUUCAGAGUAAUGUAAGGACAAGUACUUCUUCGUCUUCAUCUGCAAAAAUAGAUCAAGGCACCACCAGAGGAGGUUCUCUAGGUAUGACGCGCUUGUUUGGAUCGAAGAAAUCUGUUGGUCGUGCUGGACAGAGUUUUCUAUCCUUGAUGGAGGAUGGAGCCUCAACAUCUUCUACGCUUUUAGACUCGUCUCAAUUGCGAGACACCGAAACUAUUGUCGGAGCAGGCAAAACGUCAACGUCCUUAUCCACUAAUGUUGUGGCUGAAGGAGCACCAAAUACGCGAUCUUCCUCUAGGAUCUCUGGGUCUGGUGCUGAAAAGCAACUCCCACCGAAGGUGAUUCGUGCACUGCAAAGAGCUGCGGAGGCUUUGCCGCCGUCUGCUGCGAGAGAUAUGCUGCAAGAGAUGGUGAAGCGGGCCGAUCCAGAUAUGGUCGACCUGCUUCAGAAAGUCGAGGAAGCCGCAAUUGAAUCGUCAAUCCGUAGCGCGGUCCAAGGAGCUAUUCGGGAUGCGGUGCAUCAUUUCAGGAGCCAUAAGUCAGUGUUUACGACAGAAGAGGCAGAGGAUGCUGAUGGCAACAAGUCCUCUAGUAAGGAGGGAACUAGUACAAAUACAGGACCUUCAUCGAGUACCAACAACAAGAAGGUCGGAGUCGAUUCCUCCCGCGUGAUAGCUUCAGCAGGUCGCGCAGUUGCUAGUCGACUCGAGACGGUUUUAGAUGACCUGUUUCAGGGUGUAUUGGCUAACGGAACAGGCACGUCGAGUGAAGAAGAAGCCUUGAUGUUUGGGUCGACGCCAACAGCCUUUGGAGAACAAGAUGUAUUGGCAGAUCAUCUUCAAGACGCAGGAUCUGUAUCCUCGUCCUCUGGUGCAAGUUCCUCAUCCUAUGAUAUGGAGUCGGGAGCUCACAAGUCGCACAAGGUUCUUCCGGGUUUGAGACCUCAGAUGGCCUUAGAUCGCGAAAGGUUUCGCGAAGAGCGCCACUUAGCCAAACAGAGGGCCUUCCACGCGACUGCGCAUCGUGCGAUCAGCAGUGCAUUGGAGGAGGCAGCGAAUAGUACCCGCAGAUCCUCGAAGACCAGUGAGGGAAAGCGCGCGUCUAGAAAGGAAAUCAGCAUGACGCGAGACGUUAGUCGGGCUUUGCUGGAUGAUCCAGAAGCACACAUUUUCGUAGAUCUGGAAGCUGGUCCGUUAUCGGCGUUUUACGAUGCGGUUGUCGACGAAAACUUCAGAGUUUCCGCAACACUACAAGACGGCUCCUUUGAUCCUACUAGAUUCCGCAUGCCUUCCGCUGCCUUCUUCAACCCUCUUCCCUGGGAACAGCUGUCUCAUGGCGAGCACAAGAGCACUAGACUGUCCGCGCACGAGUCGGAAGUCCAAUUUGUCGAGCGCGAAGAUCCUCGGCAACUCGUUGCACUCCUGAGUGACACUUUGCCUCUGCUUUCCGGCGAUGCCCAGACGGACUUGAUGGAGCAGAUCAACGAUACGGUAGCCGACGCUCAACGGAUUUCCACGAUUCUCCAGCACAACUCGCGAAACUCGGUGAAUGACGGAGAUGCGCGGACCAAACUGAGAUCCUCGAUUUUCAAGGGUGGCGAGGAAGCCUUUCGGACCAGCGCGAGUUGGGGAUCGGAUAUGAAGAAGAGCGGACCAUCUACCUCAUCUUCGAGAGGAAGCGUGAAUGGCGGAGGCUUUGACCGACAAGACUUGUCGAAAAAUCGACCAUCGCGGUCGAUGCGCGCAUCGAGGUCUUCAUCUUCGAUUCCGCCGAAAACGUUAAACUGGGCAGCUGAGGGUGCACCCUCAACCGACCGUUUCUCCGUGGAUCGCGCUGUUGGUCUAGACAACGAUCUGAUGGGCUACGAACGGCUUUCUUUAGGUUUAGGACCUAUUGUCUUCGAGAUGAAUAAGCCAUCAAGCAAGUCCUCUGGACGAGACCUCCACCAAAACGAUGAUCAUCUCUUUGACGAUGCAAUGUCAGAUCACGCGUCGAUUGGAUCCGGCACCUCCUCCAUGGAGCUUCGUACUUCGACAGCAGAGCUAGGGACUGCUUUGGAUGACACAACGCGACUCUUCGAUAGUACAUCUUCUUCGGCACCUUUGCUAGAAGCUGGUGCCGGAGGAGGUGACCACCAAGUACAAGGAGCUGCUCCGUCAGCUUUUGCUGCACCUGGAGGUGCUAGGGAUUCUAAUUUCGCACCUCUUGGCACAGACUGGACUGCGAGAGUGGAUUGUUCUCCGUCAGCUUUUGGUGCACCUGGAGGUGCUAGGGAUUCAAAUUUCGCACCUCUUGGCACAGACUGGACUGCGAGAGUGGACUCUAAAGACACCAUCACGACCAAGACUCUUCAACAGAACCAGAAGGAGGACUCGAAAUCCACGCCAGCAGUGAUAUUAGAGGAUUUCACUCUAGAGGAUUCCGAUUCAGUUCGUGGUGAAGCAGUUGUGUCUGCUCGCAACAACAAGAUUACAGCGACCACUGAGACUGGUUUAACUGAGGAUCCAGCUGGUGCAGCAUCCUCGCUCAUCGUGAUGGAUGAUUUGAAUCAAGGACCUCGGGAGUCUACUACGAAACAACCUGCAAAGAAGAACAAGAGUUCCAAUUCCAAAGAUGGUGGACAGGACGUCCUCUCCCCUAUUGACGAUCUGGAUCUCCUCGGCUUCGUGAGCAAGAAGAGCAGCAAAACUCUUCAAGUCGUCUCUGAUUUGAAAACUGAUUCGCCUGCUGAUACAGGGCGUGAGACCCGAUUUGUAGAGCAGGAGGACGAGUUGUUGGUGACGGGGAAAGAAUCUCUUUCUCCCUCAUCUCUUACAGAGAUCGAGAUGAAAAAGCAGCAGCAGCAGCAAGAUGACCCUCUGCAACAGCUGUUAGGUGAGCGUCGUAGUGGUACCAACUACGUAGACCCUCUGAUGCCCACCACAUUGUCUGAUUACUCCGAAGCCCAGUCGAGUCCACGCAGAAGUCUGGCCUCGAGUCCUCGUGCCGUUUCUGUAGUCGAGCCUGCUGAACAAGGGACAAAAGAUAGGAACACUAUUGACGAAAUUUUUGAAGCUGCUGGGCUUGAGCCUCGUCAGCGUCCGCGGAACAGCGCUACUGCGAUCGAAAUCGGGCCAGCUUCGUCUAGGAAAACUAAAAGAAGCGAUUUGAGUGUAGUCUUCGGCUCGCGUCCACCUGCAGCUUCGAUGUUGAAGGAUGAACCUGCUGAUUUUGUACUUCUAGAUGAGCAACCGGGUGUUGACUCCGACGCGGCCAGUAGAUUCGAACUAAACAACCGGUACUCAAGUAACGAGAGAAGGAUGCGUAGUUCGUCUUUGGGCUAUGGUAAGGGGAAUCGCGGUUCUAGAAGAACCGUUGGCUUCGGCGCUAGUCGCCGUAGCGGCUCAGUUCCAAGUAGGGAUAGUUCAACCUAUUCCUAUGUCGGAACCAGGAUGCUGGACAGCAGGGGCGCUGGGUCAACGCUUGGAAAGGAGAUGAUGAUGAUCAACAAAAAUCUGAUCGAUGCCGGUACUGCGCCAACUGGCCUCAAAAGCUUGAGCCACCGCAACUGGGUUGAAAUGAAGACUGUCGUGAAUCCAAAGCUACCUGCCUCGAUGGAAUUAGCUGGAGGUGGAGGGGUUCCACGAAGGGCAGAUCGAUCACUAUUUGCGAGCGUUUUCGAUCCUAUCCCAGCACCGUCAGAAACUUCGUCUUUCAAUUCGGAACUGAAAGCAAUGAAUAGAACAACGCCGAUAAAAACGCGAGACAGCACUUCAUCUCCAUUGUCACCCUCCUCGUCCCCUACUGCUUUCAACUACAGUGCUAACAACUACGCAAUGCAGCCUGCUUUGGUCAUGAGCGCACCUACUAUGAUGCCAAUGCCAAUUAUGGAACCGGAUUUCAUGAAUAAUCAAAACAAUCGCGACAACAACGUUCUUGAUGCCAGUACGAAGACCAUCGUCCUCGUGGACCCUUCUUCUUGUGCUGGUGCCACGCCUUUGAAACGUGCAACAGAACGAGAACAGAAGACCUUGACGGGUGAAGAACAGCGACGAUCGAGCACUAGUACUGUUGUCGCUCCUUCUAGAGGUACUAGUAGAGGACCCGAAAGGCCAAGCCAAAGGGAAAGCGUAGUCCCGAAUCUGAAGUUACAACUCCAACAGGAAGCCAUAACUUCGCGGUAUUCCUCAGUGCUGGAUCCAUCUGCUUUGCGUCAUCGCACUGGGAUCGCUUCGCCAGCUGGAGAAGAUGCGGGAAGACUUUCUGCGUCUGUUCCGACUCUGAACCAUAGUACCAUGGCACAUCAAGGAGUAGACCCAAUGGUCGUCUUACCGGAACUGCGUGCAGGCGACCGACCAAGUGCUAUUCGCGGGAAUUCGGAGAAACUGUCUGCAUUGAGAGAUUUGCAUGACAACCUUAGACUCUCGCGGGAACAACGCCAGACAGUGAUCGACCAUCACAAACGAGGAUCUCUACGUAUUGCUGCAGGAGGUGUUCCUGGGUCAAGGAGCAGGGGAUCGAGUUUCGUGGAUCCGGCAAGGGCUUUUUCGAGUUCUUUGUUUCUAGAACGGCAGACAUACGGAGUUCGAGAUUCCGAUAUCCAGUUCGCUGAAGCCGAUUCUCCAAGCUCGCCACGUCCAAGUUCUUCACCGCGUCGUAGUUCAAGUAACAUCAAGCUACAAGAACACGCCCUUCGCAACCUUCAGAGAGACUUACGAUUUAGUGAGACUCAAAAGGAAAUGCUACAAAAGAAGCGCAAGAAAAAUAGCAAUAUUACCUCUUAUUUGGAGAUGCAGCCUGAAGAAGUGCUUUUGUUGCAGCAGUAUUUGAUUGACCCGAGUUUGAUGGAUCCAACGAUUGCGGCUUCGCCGGUUUCUCCACCUGAAAGAAGUAGAUCUUUCACUGCAGGAGCUCCUGGACAGGGCAGCAGGAGAUCGAGUCUGAAAUCUUCUUCAGCUCAGCUGCAGUCAUCUGCUUAUCCAGACUCUGACCUUCCAAUGCUGCGUUUUUCCCAAAUUCCAGUAGAAGAUCCACGAGCACGCGCUAGCUUCCAAGGACACCUAGAUGACGAGUUUGCGAUGCUGGCUGGGGAAUUCUCAUCUUCGAACGAUCGAAGGAGAUCCUCUAGAAGAAACACCGUCAUUGCUGAGGAAGUCUAUGACGAGGUUGCUGGGGAGAUGGCAAAACGUCGAGAAUUGGAUUCCUACAACACAGUGCUCGAACCUGCGUCUUCCCGAAGCGCUACCGACGGAUCUAGCUCGGAGAUGAUGGGCGACGAAGACUAUGCUCGGAGAAUCGGCGCACAUCUUGACUCCACGACUUCGGCUUCCGAAGAUGAUCAAGUUGGUCAGCAAGUUCAAGCUCCAGAUAUGAAGACCAACAACAUCAACGAUACUGAGAACUUGAUGAGGGACUAUCCGCCUUCAAAAACGGGUUUGUAUUCCGACUUUCUUGGUGAUAAGACGCCUCGCGGAGCAGCUAGAAAUCGAGAAAGAGCGAGAGACGAAGUCCAUGCAUUUAUCGCACGCUUGUUGGCGUAUUUUGGCGUGUUUUUCGGUCUGUUCUUCAUCCUGAGCGUCGGCAUGGACAGGUCGGGAUCCAGUGCGGCCUUGAGGAACAAACUCAUGAACACAACUACAAGUCUGCUUGGUACUAGUGCAACGACCAAAACCGGAAUAGUUACGCCGAAGUAUUUCGUGUCGUGGGCUCCAAAAUCUCAGCCUUCAUUGCUUUCAGUCCUUUUAGAUCCGGUUUUUUCACGGUUAGAGCGUGCUUCAGUGCAACAGAGGACCAAAAACGAAGUGCACGCCGCCAGACGUCGUGCGAAAGGUGCACAUGUUGAACGUUCUCUACUGCGCGUUGCGCUCAAAGUCCAUGGCUUUCUAAUCCCACCAGACGAAAGGGAUAAGAAAGUCUUAGCCUACUUCGAUCGUAUGGACAAGGCGUUUUUUGCGGGAACCAGUACCAGAGCUAGUCUUAGAGACCCUGCCAGGUCUUUCCCUCAGAACAAGAACUUCUCGUCCAACAACACAAAUUACUACGGUAGUAUUCCGCGUGAGCAUAACAACAAGCCGUUGCUUUCAAGAGUACCGAAGAACCCUUAUCCGUGGUCUUCCGAUAAUAGCCCAGCUACGCCGUCGGGAAAGAUCAAAACGAAGUCCAGGGAUUCUCCAGAGUCUAGUACUAGUAGCACUGCUUACAGGUUCAGCUACCAUAAACCUGUUUUUCACGAUGCAGCGCAUACUAGACAUCACGCCUUGCUUCAUCCCCCUGAAUCGCCAUUGCAUGUCAUGCAGAACAUGUUUCCUUCCCUGUCCUUUUUGCCAUCGUUUCUGCACAACUUAGGCGACAAUGAGAGAACAGUCGCGUCUUUGAAGUCGUUCUUGUACUUUCCGAAUAUGCCUGAUUGGUUCGUACGAGCAAUGACAGCUUACAGUGGCGAUCUUGCAGCCCAGUUUGAAGCCGUGAACUUGUUGCAGCAGGAUCCCAACUAUGCUCACCUGUUUGAACAGGGACUGCAGGGAACUCCUGGGAUGGCGAAUAGCAAUGCUAAUCAUAAAGCACCAGGUCAUGGAUUUACUACGUUAUCCCAAGCAAGUGUUGGAGAUACUAGUGGUCCAGCCGUUUUUCAUCGCAUGGGCAAUGCGGAUUACAUCAAGACCGUCAAUCUAGGGUCUCCAAUGCAAGUACCCCAGUUCGGUCGUACUUUGCCUCACUCCAGUGCACCCUCCACGUCGGAUUUUGUGCGUUCCGAAACCAGUUUGCUCUAUCGCGUCGCAAAUUCUACAAGAGAAUCGAUAGCAAAUAUGCAUCAAAGCGGUCUAGAUGCGCGAAAUGAAGCCUUUCGCAGACGCAGCGCUCGAACAUCGACACCGCUUGGCACUGGGGUUGGACGUAAACCAGCGAAUCAGAUAAGGAUGAGCAGGGCUAGUGCAUCGAGAUCGACUAGUAGCGCUACAACAAGUGGAAAAGCACCAGAGCAAGGCGUAUUUCAGAUGUUGUAUUCCGGAAUCGCUAAUGCUCCAGCAACCAUCGGAAACGUGAUCCAAAUGCAGCCUUACGGCGCUGAUCUUGAAUUCGGAGCAGGGACAGGCUGGCACGGAGAGCGCGAACCACACUGGCUGAUCGAAUACCUUGCCCAGGCUUUGGACGUACUGAUCUUGAUUUACACUUUUUAGUCGAUUAUAUUUUCCUUUUUUGUACUAGGGGUCGGCGCUAGUGUGAAAAAUUGAGAUUGCUUUCUAAGACAAAAAAGGCACUAGUUCGAGAAAUUGCUCUUCAGUAAAGAGACAAAAAAGAGAAUUCUUGUAUUGAACCUCAGGUUCAGCAGCAACUUCAUUCAAAAACUUGAAAUACAAACUACCUCCACUACAUUCAGGUGUCCGACGGCAAAAGUUCUCCGUCGACUUCUUCGGAUUUUGGCGCAAAAAGGAGCUACGACUGGACUGAUAUGUUCUCAUUCAGCUUUUGGUAUGCAAACCUUAUGAACACUGCCCACGAGUUUGGUGGGGGAGCUUAAUAGAAGAUUAUCGGAGGUCUUGAUACGUUUUUUUACGGGGAACAUACAGAUUCUAAUUCAUCACAUAAUUAUGUACAAAUAUCUACAGUGUUGGUGUCUGUUGGUGAAAAAAAAUGAUUUUUGUAAUUUAUGGAUUGGAGGACAUGGACAGUCUUUCUUAUCGGAAGAAGUAUGGGAUUGUAUAAAAACUAAUCGACACUACAAUGCAUGACAGUAAUAAUGCAUGCUAAUUUCUUCAUGUAUAGAUACCUAAACGAAAACGACUAGUAGCAAACCCCUUUUGAACUGAUUUUUCUCCUGUGAACGCUAUUGCUUCUAUUCGAACUCAUAACAUUGCUAUUUGGAACAGAAUGAGAUUAACAAACUCAAGCUAAUCGAGAAUACAUCGAACUCAAACAUACAAACAAGUAAAAACCAUAGUCAAUUGCACAGUAUUACUCCGAAAAGGGUGCUAUAAUGGGAAUUCGAAAAACCUUUCCGAACUUUUUCUUUCUUGACAUUCACGAAAACGCAUAGGAAACGCAACAAGAAUUUAAGCAUGGGUAACGACAUAGCAUUGACACUCAAUAAGCACCGAAUUCGCCGAAGACAUAAAAAAUACACGCAAGCAGAGGCAUGUAAGUAAAUGAAAUUUACUUUAGACUUAGAACACUGCUUUGCAUCUGCAUACCUAAUCGCACAAUGAGGAUAAAUACUUCGUCUGUAUAACAUAACUAACAAAAACAUCGCACUACUUUUUCAUAUCACACAUGACUGACAUAUUCUUACUCAUGCUACCGAAAAUCCGAUCGAAAAUGUAUAGAGACUGCAUAGAAAGAGGUGUAUGUGUAUGAAACAGGAAAAUAUAAUUGAUACACCGAGGACUUCGAUUGAUGGACAUUCAAAUAACAACAAGUGGAAGAAUAAGAUGGAC